AUGUCAAUCUCAAAUAUCACAUCCAUAAGUGACAACGAAGCAUCAAAAAUCCUCACCCAGCUUCGUGACCAGACUCUCAAGCCCAUAGCAGUCCGCCGCCUCGUUGCCAAGCUCACCGCCACAUUGACAAAAUAUGUUCUGAAGACACCAGAACCAGGAGAGCAAAUCGCAGUGGUUGUCGUUCUCCGAUCCGGACUCGCAAUGGCCGAGCCAUUCCUAGACGCAUUCCCGGAAGACUCGGACGUCGUGACAUACCACCUUGGAUUAUUUCGCGAGAAACAAUCCCUCCGUCCUGUUGAAUACUAUAACAAGCUUCCCCGGAAGAGCCCCCUGAUCAAAAGGGCAUACAUUCUAGAUCCACUCGUGGCUACUGGCGGAACUGCGAGGGCCGCAAUUGAUAUCUUGAAGGACUGGGGAGUGGACCACAUCACGUUAUUUUCCUUGCUUGGGAGUGCCGCGGGCCUUGAGAACGUUGCCAGUGCAUACCCCGAGACUACAGAAAUAUUCGUGGGUGGAAUAGACCCGGACUUGGAUGCCAAGGGAUAUGUGAAACCGGGAUUGGGAGAUAUUGGAGACCGUCUGUUUGGUACAAGCUUGGAGUGA